CACCAACUCAACAAAGGCAUAUACAUAAACACGCCAAAAUGAGCAUUCCCACCACAUUCAAAGCGGCCGUGGUCCCCGAGCCUCACGCCCAACACACCAUCGCAGACCGCUCUCUCCCCCCCUUGGACCCCAACCAAGUCGCCAUCAAGAUCACCGCCACGGCCGUCAACCCCGUGGACUGGAAGAUCCGCGACUACAAUGUCUUCCUGAAGGAAUACCCCGCCGUGCUGGGCUCCGACGCGGCCGGCGAGAUCGUCGCCACCGGAUCCAACGUCACGUCCCACGCCGUCGGCGACCGGGUCUUCUUCCAAGGCAUCAUCGGCAACUACCCCGCCUCAACUUUCCAACAGUACUGCAUCAUGCCCGCUGAACUCGUCUCCAAGACCCCCGCCAACAUCUCUGAUGACCAGGCCGCCGGUAUCAGCUUGGCUUCUAUCGCCGUCGUCACCGGGUUCUAUGAUCAGACGGGGCACGCGAUUGCCCCGACGCCGUGGGCCGAGGGCGGAUCGGAGGCGGGCAAGGGUAAGGCCAUUGCGAUUAUCGGUGGUGCGUCGAGUGUGGGUCAGUAUGCGAUCCAGUUUGCGCGCCUGUCGGGCUUUGAGCGGAUCAUCACGAAUGCGAGCGCCGCGCAUCAUGGGUUUUUGAAGAGUCUGGGGGCGCAUGUGGUCCUGGAUCGGAAGAGCGCGACGGCGGAGGAUUUCGUCGCUGCUGCGGGGGAGUUGCCCGUGAGCUAUGUGUAUGAUGCGAUUUCGGUCAAGGAGACGCAGAAGCUUGGGGUGGAGAUUGGGCAGGUGAGUCGGGUGGCGACGCGGGUGGUCACGGUGCAGUUGGUGGAUACGGAUGCUGUGCAGUUGGGUCAGACUCAGGAGCAUAAGGUUGAGGUGAAGCAGAUUUUGGGACUGGGGAGUUCUUCGGCGUUGAGGCAUUUGAGCGAGCCGUUUGCGAAGGCGAUUGGGGGUGAGGAGGGCUGGAUUGCUAAGGGCUUGUUUGUGCCGAAUCGGGUGCGUUUGAUUGCGGGUGGUCUUGGGGCUGUGGAGGAGGCGUUGAAGACCAAUAAGGAUGGUGUGUCGGGUGAGAAGGUGGUGUUUCGCCCUAACGACGCUUGAUUGAUGUUCUAGUGCAUGGUGUGUGUUAUGUUAUGUGUGAUAGCAAAUAAGGG